CCCAAUAUUCCUAUAUAUAUAUAUACAAAUUUUACCCGUCCAGUUAAUCGUUAUAGGAAGGUUUCUGUACCAAAGUAAAAUUGGACUUAAGCCAGCGGGUCAAGCUGAGGUUGAGCCUCAACUUUAGCGCAAGCACAACGGUCUAAUAGGGGAACCAGGAGCCCUAAAUCUCGCCCUUUCCUCUACUGGUGACAGAUAUGCCGCUGUUUCUCUAGGCAUUGGCCCUAUUUGGCCGUUCAUGGCAUCCUUACCGAGACCCAUUGGCGACGCCGAGGGAAGCUCAAGCUAGCAACGACUCAAAACACCCACACGAAAGAGAGAGACAGAGAGAGCGAGGCUAGCAGAAACAGGGAGGGACUCACGCCAUGUCGACUCCUGCCACACCCACGAGCGGGUCCGCCCCGGGCUUUACCCCCUUGGUUUCCGUCGUCGACUUCCACCAUGCGCGAGGACCCGAGGUCGAGAAAUGGUUCGGCGUCCCUGAAGGGAGCGACCCCGCAGCCGAUUAUGACUGGACUUUACUCCCCUUCAUGGCAUUGAGCGACGGGGCACAUGCAUCUACCGAAGACUUCUCCUACUUCACCCUCCUGCGGCCGGCGGGGCCGGACGCGCCCGCGACGUCCCUCUUCGGCAUAUCGUGCACCCGGCAGAUGGACGCCUCGCAGCUCCUGGUGCGGCCGGCCGAGGUGACGCGGUCGACGGUGCAAAAGGCCGUGGUGGUCAUCGCCGACAGCCCGCAGUAUUUUGGCCUGCUGCGGGAGAGCCUCGGGGUGGUGACGCAGGCGUGGUUCGCGCAGCGCGAGUUCGGCGACACGGAGAUCCUGCGCCGAUUCCAGGAGAGCCUCGCCGAGGAGCGCGAGCGCGGCGCCCUGAACAAGGACGAGGACAGGGACCAGUACCUAGGCAUGAGCCUGAGGGAGCUGGUGCGCGAGUUCCGUUGGCAGACACUGGUGCUGCUGAAGUGCUGCUUGCUACAACCCAAGAUGCUUUUCUUCGGCUCGCGGUGCGAGCGGUUAUGCAUGAUGCAGUUUUCCUUAAUAUCUUUAAUACCUGGUCUUCUGCGAAACCUCCAGGACUGUGCUGGUCCCGAAUUGAACAACUACGAGAGGAAAUUGACGAAGCCGACGAGCUUGAGGACUAGUGACCGGAACUCUCUGCUAUCGUACAUGGGGCUGCCUCUCCAAAUAUUUGGCAAGGGGAGCCUGUUUGGGCCUUACACUCCACUACAGCAGCUAGACGUGCUCGCCGACUUUGGAACUAAGUCAUACAUAGUUGGAAGCACCAAUUCGCUGCUGCUCCAACAAAGGGAUCGAUAUAGCGAUAUUCUCAUAAAUCUCGACGACGACUCGAUCAACAUCACAUCGGCCUCCCUGAGGCAAGCCUUGCAGUUAUCAGUUGCGGACCGGCGAUGGAUAGACUUCAUCACCCAGGAGGUUAACGAUACCUGGGAUGACGCUAACCCUGGCCGGCCAAAGACCAUGGGCUACGUAGGCAGCGAGGAGUUCAUCCGCCUCCAGUUUGAAGAGUAUCUCCUCUCCCUGAUAUCCUCGGUCAAGUACCACGACCACCUGUCGAAGCACGGCAGCAACCCCAGGAUGGUCCUGCCGCACAUCGAGGGCGACCCGUCUCACGACUUCGGCCCGGACUGGGUCGACGCCUGGACACGCACCGAGAACUACCGCAUCUGGAACGCUAACACGGAAUCUAACCUCUUCGACAUCGUCGAGCCCAGGCACCCAUGCGCCGGCGGCCUGACCAUCGACGACGUGCAGCGCCGCAUCGCCCAGCAGGUGCAGGACCUCCACCUCGACGAGCGCUUCGCGCAGGGCAAGGAGGUGCUCGGCCGGAACCUGGCCGCCGGCAAGGAGAAGGCCAGCACCAUAUUCAACAAGCUGUACGCGGACAUGGAGGCCCUCCGAGAGGCGCAGCGCAAGCGGGCCGAGGAGGCGAGGCAGCAGCAGCAAAGCAACGGUGGUCCCGGUAGUGCCGGGGGCCAGGAAGACAGAAACGCCACCGCCGCCGCCGCCGCCGGGUAUAGUGGCGCAGCGGGGGUGGACCUCACCAGGGCGCCUCAGACGGCACAGUCCGUCGGCGUCAGGGCCGGGGCGUACAUGAACAGCUGGGCGGCGUGGGCGGGAGAGAAGCGCAAGGCCGCCGGGUGGGGCCGAUCAUCCAGCGGCGCCAGCGGCGGCGGGAACGGCGGAGGCGGAUGGGGAUCGGGAUGGGGCAAGAGCAAUAAGGGUCGAAGCUCCUACUACGCCAGCGUGCCGGAUGGCGGCGCCGGCGCCGGCGGCAAUACGGAAAAGGAGCUGCCGAGGUCGCCCUUCUCGCAGCAGACCGCCUCGAGCCCCCGCUACUCAACGUCUUCAGCCGCCAUGAUGGCCUCGCCGUCGCUGCGCCGCGACGACGACGACUACGACGACGCGGACGGCGGGGCGAGGCGCCCGCUCACGCAGGGCUCGUUCGGCGAGAGCCUGCUGGACGGGGUGUCGGGGCCCGACAGCCCGACGACGACGUCGUCGCAGUCGCACCCGGCGUCGCCGAGGGGUCGCCCGCUCUCCGCCGCCGCCGAGCGGAGGAGGAGCUCUGCGGCGGAGGGGGCGCAGAAUGGCGCGCUACCGGCGGGGGUGUCCGAGGGUGGGGCGGACGAAGACUCGGCCACGGCGGAGGGGAGGGCUGCUGUGCUGUGA